GUGCUGCUCCAGGUGGCGGUGGUGCUGGUGCGUCGGGUGCUGGGUCGGGCCGAGCAGAGGAAGCAGUGCCAGGGCCAGAUGGAGACUCUGGAGAGGCUGAGGGGCGUCAGGGAGCAGGUCCAAGAGGAAGACGACACCUUUAUAGCAGAGGUGUGCUCGGUGCCGCUGUCAAACAAAGAUCUGGAGAAACAGACAGAGAAGGAGCUACAGAAGUGGAGGAAAGACAAACCCUCAUCCACCUUUGACCCCAGAGGUCGCUGCUAUGGAUAUCGGAUGGCGUGGGCGAGGGCUCGGCAGAACGAGGAGGAACGGGACAGGAAAGAGAGAGAGAAAGGGAAUCUGUCCGUCCCUCUCGCUCGCUCGGCCUCCACCCUGUCAGCUGUCCCCCUCGCUCCUGCACAAGAAGCUGAGGAGAGGGGGGAAAGGUAACGCCGGCGAAUGGGAGGGCGGCGCUAGAGUGGUGAGGCAUCUUUCGAUGGGAGCGAAGGAGGACUGGAGGAGCUGGAACGAGUUGAAUUUUAAGAAGGUGCAGGGUGUUCAGGAGGAGGAGGACAUAGAGGAACACAAGAGUGAGUGGAAACUAACAGGACAAACUCAGGAGAAAGAACUUUUAGAGGAACCUGAAAAGAUGGACAAAGCCCAAAACACACCAACAGAGAGCGCAGAGGAAACAGUAAUGGUAAAAGAACAGAUUGAACAAGUCGAAACAAAGGAGGAACAAGAAGAGAAAAGUCAGCCUAAAGAAACAGAGGAUGAUAAAACGCUUUCGGAACAGACAGAAGAAACAAAUAUGGAGACAGAGCCAAACCAAGGUCCAGCUGAAGAUCAAACUGUUGAAAAUAUUCCUCAGCCCACUGAACAUACCUCUGACCAUGAACAGGCAGAGGAGCUGGACUCUAACAGCCAGCCACAAGUCCUGGAACAACAGGAUCACAAAGGCCAGGACCAGGAAACUGAGGUAAAAGAUGCAAAAGAGGAGCCAGAAAAGCAAGCGUCAGAAAGUGAACAUUCAGCUGCUGUGGAGGAAAAUCAGAGUGAGGUGCAGAAAGAUGCUGAUGCAGAAGAAGAUGACACAGAUGAAGAAACACAAAUUAGUGUAGACUCCAUUGAGGAACAGGUGAUUCAGGCUGAUGUGAAACCAGAGGAGAGAACAGAAAGUACAGACGAGCAACAGACACAGGAGGGCACAGUCACAGGAGUCUCAGAAACAAGAACUGAGAUGAGUCCGGGCUCAGAAACAAACAACAACACAGAGGCAGAGACAGAUCUAACAACAGAGACAGAGACUCAGGAAGAAGUGAUCACAGGGAUGGACAAAAGCUCACAGGGCGAUGCAUUUGACGUAAAAUACCACAGUACUGAGUCAAUAGCAGAAACAGAAAUGAAAGAAGAGUCCCACACCCAAAAGGAGACAGAAACUGAAGAAGAGGUGAAGGACGAUGCAGCUAAACAGGAUGAAUUGGAGACCGAAGUAGUACAAAUAGAUUUAGAACAGCAUGCAGAUUCAGUGACAGAGACAGAGGUAGAAACAUUAAUCCUGUCUUCACCUGAAUGCAUCCAAGAAGAAGAAGAAGAAGAAGAAGAAGAAGAAGAAGAAGACACUGAUGUAGACACAGAAACUAAAGCAGAAAUACCAGCUGCAGAUGACACAGUGAAUGAAUCGAGCGAAACUCACUGUUCAGAGAAACAGUGUGAUACAGUAGCGUCUGAACCUGAACAGGAAAAAGAGGAAGUAACUUUGACUGUGCAUUCAGAGGCACAGGUCGAUACAGGUGUUGAUCAAACACAAGCAGAGGAAACGUCAACUGAAACUCAGACCAAUGUGGAGACUGCUGACACUGUAGCACCUCCAGAGAAAGAGGAGACCUCAGAGCAGGCUGAAGCAGUGAACCUCACCACCGAGCCUGAUGGGAAAACAGGUUCAGUAGAGGUGAGUACCUCUGAGGAACCUGCACCUGAAGAACCGACAAACCAGGUCGCCGUGGGACCUUUAGAGGAGGAAAAAAGCACAGAAAAUGUUCAAGAAAACACUGUAGAAGAGGAUGAGGUCUUUAUUUCUACUCCUAACGUGACAGACAAUCCCAACACUGACAACAACCCACAGGUCCAAAGUAAAGAUGAUGCUCCAGCUGAGCUGAACAACAGCGGCCUGACCCAAGCCCCUGGGCGCCGUGGUAGUCGGUCUUCUGGCGAUUUCUGUGUCCGCAAGUCUUCCAGCUCCCGUGGGUCCAGGUUAGCACGUAGGCUCUCUGAAGAUCUUUUCACCACCCCACAGAAAACUAGCCAAUCGCAAACUAUCCCUAAUCAACCAGAAGUUAAACACACUGAAUCACAGAUCAAUCCUGGAGCUGUGAACCCGACCCAGACUCCUCCUGAUGCGGCCCAGUCUUCAGAGGUUGCCUCAUCACUGUCCACAGAAGUAACAGAGGGGACGGCGGCGGAGCAGGAGCCGCCCACCCCCACAAAACGUUUCGGUCUCUUCCGCAGACUCAGAGGAGAGCAGCCCAAAAAGGCAAAGGAAAAAAGGGUGCAGAAAAUGCAAGUCCCCAAAAUCUUGAUUCAGGACUUCAGCGACGGAACCGGGGAGGGGAAACCAGUCGAGGAGGAGGGUGAGGAGAAACUUAGCUCCAGGGAGAGGAGGAGGAGGCGGAGGGAGCGGGAGAGAAGGGAGAAAGAGGAAGAGAGGCUGAGGAAGAAGAAGGAAAAGGAGAUGGAGAAGGAGAGGGAGCGAGAGAGGAGGAAACCGCAGACGAGGGGGAAAAGUUUUCAAGUGCAAAGGGAGAAAGGGGGCGAUGAUCCCCCUCAGUGUGGCUCAAAGACCGGCUCACAGACUCUUAGACAUUCUGCUUCUUAUGCUGAAUCUUACUUUUGACGAACAUUGUGAAAAGCACCUGGAGGGAAGAGGUCUGAGGCAUAUGGAUGCGGUUACAGCUUUUGAUUAGCCUCAGCAGUAUGCCUUAAGAGACAGUUAAAACAUUUCACUUAGUUGCAUCAAGGUUACACCUGCAUUUUAUGUGAUAAAGAAGUUCUGGGCAUCCGGCCAAUGCCAUAUUUUUGUGGCACCUUAUUAAAAGCUUUAACUAUAACCACAUAUUCCAGACCUCAUCUUUCCAGAUCCUGUGUACUGUUUUGAGAAGCAGACAUUCCCCUCAUCCUAAAUCUUUGUCAUACUUGAACCUUUUGACAUGUAAAUAAAUAAUAAAUGAUGUUUACAUACUUUGAAAAAUA